UCCAGGUUACACUCUAAGUUGAACUUACGUUGCGCUUACCAUUCUGGCACUGUUUUGAUUUGAGGAGUGACAGAAAUGAAUGAACAAGGACACGUUCAUUAUCAUGUUGAACUGUUGAACAUUCAGGUUGUAUGAGGAAAAUGAUUGAAUUGCAGUCGCCAGUUGUUAGCAAAAAUAUUCAACUUGGAGAUGAGCUCUCGUUGUUUCCGUCUGUUAGCAACGAAUUCACUUAUGAUACAUUUUUUCGUCGCUAUAUGGAACCCAAUUUACCGUGCAUUUUUCAGUCAUGGCUAACUGCUGAAUGGGCAGCUCGAAAGAUCUGGGUUAGUGACAACAAAAUCGACGUGGAUCAUCUAGUUCAUAAAUACGGUCUUGCAGAAGUUCCUGUUGCUGAUUGUGACCAAAAGCAUUAUAAUUCUCAGCAGAAAGAAACAUUUCUAUUGAAAAACUAUCUCUCUAAGUACUGGCUGAAUCACAAGUGUGAAGAGAACAAGUCCCAUCAAAAAUGCCUCUAUCUCAAGGAUUGGCAUUUUGUGAGAGCCUAUCCUGAAGCCAAGAUUUACAGGACCCCAAUAUUCUUUUGCUCUGACUGGCUGAAUGAGUUCUGGGAGAAGCGUGAGGACAGCCAAGAUGACUAUCGCUUCGUCUACCUGGGACCAAAGGGCAGCUGGACACCAUUCCAUGCAGAUGUCUUCCAAUCAUACAGCUGGUCAGCCAACGUGUGUGGCCGCAAGAAAUGGAUUUUUUUCCCUCCUGGUGCUGAAGAAAGUUUAAAGGACUGUAUGGGUUCUUUGCCUUAUGACAUCGCCAAGAGCGGCCAGAACUUGGAUGCACUAGGAGCCUUGACGGUGAUUCAGGAGCCGGGGGAGACCAUCUUUGUGCCUUCAGGAUGGCAUCACCAAGUCUGGAACUUGGAAGACACGCUGUCCAUCAACCAUAACUGGAUCAAUGCAACAAACAUCUUGCAGGUCUGGCGUCAGCUGCUUGCUGAGCUACUGAAGGUAGAAGACGCCAUUUCUGACUGCCGGAGCAUGGAGAAAUGGGAAGACCAGUGUCAGCUGGUGCUGAAAGCAUCUCAUGGCAUGGAUUUCAUCGAGUAUUAUCAUUUCCUUAGAGCGAUCGCCAAGCCCAGGAUAGAGUCUCUACGAUCGGGCAGUGACCUGACGGUGCUGGACGGCCAUCGUCAGGGCAGACGCCACACAGAGUACGACGUGCAGAGGCUGCGAGACGCCCUCCUCGCGCUCCUCGACGACCACCACGUCGGGCACCUCGACACCUUCGAGUCACUGGCUGAGCCUCCUGCUGCACUACUUGAUCAACUCAAUGAUCUUCUAUAGAUUUACGUAUGCACUGUAUUUUGUCUGUGAGGUAUUAUUGUUGUAGGUACUGUUGUUGUCUACAGUCAAGCUUUAUCGUGUUUUACUAACUCAAUGAUCCUGUAUAGACGACGCAUGUUGCAUAUAAAAAUAGGCCCGAGUCACAAAGUCUAUUUUGUCACUGAGGUAUUAUUGUUGUAUGUAAAGUUGUGGUCUUCAGUGAACCUACAAUUGUGUUUUGCUAACUCAAUGAUCCUGUAUAGACGACGCAUGUUGCACAUUAAGUCUAUUUUGUCACUGAGGUAUUAUUGUUGUAUGUAAAGUUGUGGUCUUCAGUCAACCUACAAUUGUGUUUUGCUAACUCAAUGAUCCUGUAUAGACGACGCAUGUUGCACAUAAAGUCUAUUUUGUCAGUGCUUAAUUAUUGUUAUAGGUAAUUUUGCUAUCUUCAAUUAACCGUCAACUCCAGCGCAAUGAUGAUUUAGGAUUUGUUAAUUAUUUAAAUGAAUAUUGUAUUAUACUGUUCACAGAUUUUCAGUAAUCUUGCAAUUUUUUGCUCAUUAUGAUAUUCGUCCUCGUAUGCUGCUCGAUAGCUGACUGGUGCUAAAUCCAUGAACGACAAGAACAUAUUAACACAAUAUUUUGUUCGUGAGUCUCGCACCUGUGAACCAUACCUUAAAGAAUUAUCAAUUUUUACAGAUAUUGUUUCGCCUAGGUAAUGAUUAUUAUCACUGAAGGAUAAUCAUGAUCAUGAUUGUAGGUAAACUUAGCAUGUAUUUAUUAUAUUGGAUAAAUUUAUUAUGUUCCGUUAUUUAAAGACGAGCCAUAAUGUAGUCUGUAGCCGUCAGGUAGAGGGUUGUCCACUCUGCUCUGUAUUUCUUGCCUGUCGAAAAUUGUCAGCGUUUGUGGAAGACUGGAAAGUUUUGCCAUAUCCUCCUCUGACAAACUGAAGUCGAACACCUACAAAUAAACAUAAUAAUUAAGUUAUACAGGGUGAACCAGAAUU